AUGAUCCUUGAGCCGAUCCGAACCCAUUUCCACCGCCUGCCAACCCCCCCCCACCCAUUUCCUAAUCAUCCCUACCCGGAUUCCCCGCUCCCCUGGCCAUCGUCCAUCCCGCCAUGCCGAGCCAGUCCCGGGGUUCGGCACGUCACUUCGUCGUCCGCCGCCCCCUCGCGCGCGGGCGGGCGCGUGGACGCGCAGUGGGACGCGCACUGGGAUCCGCCGGCGUUCCGCCGCUGGCUGCUGGGCUUCGCGGCGGUGCGCUUCGACCUCGAGCAGGGCCAGCUGGUCGAGGCGCUCUUCCCCGCGGGCGCGCUCAGCGCGGAGGAGGAGACAGACGUGGCGUUCUCGUCGUUCCCCGACUCCGUGUCCGCCGUGCACUCGCGCGCCUCGCUCUACGACUGCCUCUUCUUCUUCCGCAUCCGCCGCCGCGGCGUUCCGCCUGCCCUCGCCGUCACGAGCGGCGGAGGUGCUGGCGGGGUUGAUGGCGGGGCGGGCAGCGGCGGCGACGGCACAGCGGAGGGGGCUGGGCGGAGUGCGCUCGCCGCGCAAUCUCCGCUGCUGCAGCAGCAGCACGCGCACGCUAGUGUCGUUCGGGGGGCAGCAGGGGGGCCAGCCGCGCGGGCGACCAGUCGGGCGGAGCGGUCCGCCGCGUCCGCGCGGAGGCAGUCCGCCAGCCCACCGCGGUGGGACCCGGGAACCAAUCGUGCGACGACACCUGGCACGACGCCGCGGCGAGGCAUCAGCGUGGGGUACGGCGGGGGGCCGGCGGGGGCGAUGGCGGAGAGCAUCAGCGCGCCCGCGUCGUCGCUCACCAGCCCCACGGGGCUCGUCGCCGCCUCCGCCUCGCCCUUCGCGCGGCUCGACAGAUGCGCCACGGAGCCGCUCGCGGGCGGCGAGGGGGGGGACGAGGCGGAGGUGCAGUGGCGCGCGCAGGCGGAGGCCGGCGCGCUGAGGCACUCCGCCAGCGCGCGGGUGAGCGCGGGGCAGCGGGAGGAGGAAGCGGCGGUGGGCAGAUCCGCGUCCAUGGGGGCGGGGAGACGCGCGAUGCCCGCGCACAGCCAAGACGAGGACGACAGAGGGGGGCACGGGGGUUCUGGGGGCGGAGCAGCAGCAGCAGGGGGGGCGGGGAGGGGCGGGGCGCGAGCGCCCCUUCUCCGCCGCCUCGCCCAGGUCGUCGGCCCGCUCUACUUCGACCGCGGACCAAUCGCCUUCGUCCAGGUGGCGGCGUGGGUGUCGCUGUGGCCCGCGCCGUACCAGCCGUACCAGCCGAGCGUGGCGGGCGGCGGGGGCGUGGGCGGGGCGGCGGGGGCGGGCGGCGUGAUGGAGCUGCCGGUGGGGCCGCGCACGUCCCUGCGCGUGCAGCUGCCGCCCGCCCACACUGCCGCCCGCAUCGCACUCGGCUCUGGACGACUUCACGGCCGCCAUGGCGCCCGCCCCCCUCUCCACCUCCGCUCCCCAGGUCACCAGGCAGCACCAGGGGCACACCCAGUGGCACCUCCACUUAUUCCUCACUCUCACCCUCUCAUUCACCCUCCUCAUGCUGCCACCCCCCAACCCCCGACCGACGCGGACGUGUUUGGCAUCCUGAGGGGCGUGGCGGCGCAGCUGAGCCAACACCCUUCCCUCACCCCCUCUGCCCCCCCUCCAUCUGCACAGGGCAUAUUCCACAAUGCGGACGUGUUUGGCAUCCUGCGCGGGGUGGCAGCGCAGCUGUGGGUGCUGUGGGAGCUGCUGCUGCUGGGCGAGCCGCUGCUGGUCAUCGCCCCCACGCCCGCGCAGUGCUCCGAGGCCGUGGCCGCCCUCGUGGGGCUGAUAGCGCCGCUGCCGUGCUCGCAGGACUUCCGCCCCUACUUCACCAUCCACGACCCCGACUUCCCCGCCCUCAACGCGCUCAGAGAUGGAGACGCGCUGCCCGCCGUGGUGCUGGGGGUGACGAAUCUCUUCUUCCUCAAGACGCUCAAGCACCUGCCGCAUGUGCUCUCCGUGGGGCGCCCGCCGCAUGGGGGGCAGGGCGUGGCAGGGGCGGCGCGGUAUGGGGCGGGGGCGGGCGGCAGCUUGCAGCCGAACGGGCAGGUGGCGGUGAGGGAGAGCGCGGGGCGGCUGCCACAUCAGCAGCAGUCGCCACUGCGACGCCUGGCCACUGGCGGGCUGCUCAGCAUGCUGGCGGCGGGCAGCAAGGGGUUGGCGCGCAUGAGGGGGGAGGGGCCGCUGUCGCUCAUGGGGGAGCACCGCGAGGCGCUGUGGACCAAUCACGUGCCGGCUGUCAAGCCCGACACCGCCGUGCUCAACCGCCUUCUAGACGCCUCCACCGCUCUGCACCCCUCCGCCUCCCACCGCACCCACCGGACCGGCUCCUCUACCACCAACACUGCUGCUGCUGCUUCUGGCCCUGGUGACGCCAAUUCCCUCGCCUCUGCUGCUGCUGCCGCUGCUGCCGGGGUGGCAGCAGGAGGGGGAGCGGGCGGGCGCCCUGCAUCGGCGUCUGCCCCCCCUUCCGCCGCGGCAUCUCUCUUCAGCCUGCCGGGCGCCGUGGCGGGGUCACUGCUGGCGGGCGUCACAGGCGUGGCCGGGCUGGACGAUGCAGCAGAGGGCAGCACAGGGGGAGCAGCAGGGGGACUCACCACCAACUUCCUCGCCCCCUUCGGCCCUUUCCUCCGCGCCGCCGCCCCGCCGCCCGACGCCUCGCCCUACUGCGACCCGCCGCCCUUGCCGCCCUUCGACGCCGCGGAGUUUCUCGGGCAGCUUGCCGCCCGGGGGCCGGGGAAGUUUCUCGCGAAGAGGCUGCAGGCGGGCAGGUGGCUGGAGGUGUACAGAAGGUUCCUGGAAGGUCCGAACUUCAUGCCGUGGUUUCAGCGGCGGCGCGCGGUGGCGGAGGCGGAGCAGCACCGGCUGUGGCGGGCGGCACGGCUGCGGGCGGACGUGAGGAAGGCGGUGGGCGGCAUGGGCGAGGCAGACCUCGUGGAGGCGUUUCUGUGCGUGGAGAGACACAUGGUGGUGGAGAGCGAGGCGUGGCGGAGGGCAGGCGAGUCCCCAGCAGUCAGCAAGCUGAGGGGCGACCUGCGGGUGCUCUGGGUGCACAUGCCGCCCGCCACGCAGCGCCUCCUGCUCCUCUCACCUGCCCACACCGCCUCCCUCCAGCUGCCACCCUCCGCCGCUCCUGACGUUGCCGGGCGGGGCUCGUCAGCUUCUUCUGGGAGUGGUGAGUCAGGAGGCGCUCGGUGGGGGCAGCGGGCGAGUGAGGGCGCGGGCAGUGGCAGAGAAGGGGGGAGUGGAGCAGGGGCGGCACAAGGAGCAGCAGCAGCGGCAGGGGGGGGGGGAGGAGGCUGGGCUGGUUGGUUGUUUGGAAGGAGGAACGUGGAGAGUGCGGGGAGUGGGAAGGGUGCGGGGGAGAGGCGGGUGACAGCAGGCAGUGAUGGGGGGAGGGGUGAGGGGGCAGCAGAGGCAGGGCGGAGAGGACCAGCCGAGACACCUGGGGCUGCUGCAGCAGCCGGUGCGCCUGCUUCUGCGUCUGCUGGGAUGGACCAGAGCGCUGGCUCAGGUGAUCCGUCAGGUGAUUCUUCAGGUGGUGUGGGCGGCAAUGGGGGACAGAGUGGGACGGUGGAGAUGGUGGAGGCAGCGCAGCACCUCUCAGCGCUCGUGGCCAAUCUCAGCCUGCCACCUGUCAUCGCCCUCAACGGCGAAUCACACCCCUCAUCCAACCCUGGCAAGGCCUGGUCUGAAGCUUCCAGCCCUCCCCGAGGCUCCUCUGCAGGCUUGGGCCGAACGUCAAGCGGCGCUUCUCCACGAACAGCCGGGAUAGGGUGGGGAACAGACAUGUGGGACGGCAGCAGCAGCGGCUUCACGAGCAGCAGCGGCGCCCGGAGCAGCAUCCCUGCCAACCCUGCCACCACCACCCCCAGCAGCAGCGGCAUGGGCAGCAGCACAGGGCACGUGGCGGGUGCACGGUUCGCCGUGUCCCCCGUGGUGCCGUUUGGGCGCCGCCCCGGCCUGUCAGUGGGGCGCACCCCUCCUCGCCUCUCCUCCUCUGCCCCCGGCACGCCCCUCCACCUGCACCCAGGAGGCACGUUCCUGCACGCCCGCCCUGUCCCCGCACAUGCCGCCGCGCCGCACCAAAGGGGGAGGUACACCGGCGGGGGUGACGCAGGGGGGUUGGGCAGCGAGCGGUUGAGUGCAUGUGCGAGCGCAAGGGAGGAAGUGGGGAGCGGAGGGGGGGGGGGGAUGGAGGGCGGGGGGGGAGGGCGGGGGGGUGAGGGUGGGGCGCACGGCCACGGAGCCGGUGCUGCCGUCGUCCUUCCACCCGCUCGCUUGAUACGCUGCCCAUGUGCACGAGCAGAUGGGUGUGGUGCAGGGUCGUCGCUAGCAGAAAAUCUCUGUCUGUUUGUCCGAUAUUCAGACAGAUUUUUACCAGUUCAUCUGAUUUUCCAGAAAUGA